AUGAACAAGAAAAUGGAUCCAAAUCAGAUUAUUCAGAUUGGAUCAUGGGGGGAAGAAGCAAAAGAUUCAAAAGUUGAUAUCGAGGUUUAUGAUUCAGUUAAAAAUUGCCAAUAUUCGGUUUUAGUACACCCAAAUUCUGUGGGUUUAGAAGGUAGUUCAGAUAAUGAAGAACAGAACCUCACAGAAUCGACUGAUUCCUUACAACCAACAGUUUGGAAUCAAACUGAAACGCUCGCUCUUAUCAAUAUCUUCUCCCUACAUCUAGACAAAUUCAAACAAUUCAAGAUGAAAAAGCAAAGAUGGGUUCUGAUUUCCAAUGAGUUGAAAAAAAUUGGUAUUGAUAAAACACCCGAAAAAUGCAAUAUCAAAUGGAGAAAUUUGCUGAGGUCAUAUAGAGCUCACAAGAGUAUUAGAAAGGAUCAUGGAAGAUUCGAGUUUUAUAAUGAACUUAAUGCCAUUCUGACCAGUGAUUCCUAUCAACAAGUUGAAAAUACUAUACCUGAGGCAAGUAUAUUUGAUUCACCAGAAAUUAAGGUUUCCUUAGAUGAACCAUGUUCAAAGAGAAAGAAAUGCUGUGCCAAAAGUGAAAAACAAAAAAGGCAUGAAGAUCGCAUGAGUUUAUUGAGGAAAAAGGUAGAAAUAGAAGAAAGAAAAGUCAAGGCUUUUGAAGACUAUAUACAGUUUUUGAAAAAUUCUCAUGUAAGAGAAUAG